UUUUGUUUCAGUUAGGAAUUAUGAAUAAUUCCUUCUAUGGCGAUGGCUCGAACAUUUCAGAACUAGUUCAACCGCUCUGUGUCUCCCACAACCAAAGCCCUUUCCCGCCACUGCGACUGGAAUCCAAAUCACUGGUCACUUCAGCCACUAUGUUCGCUUUUGGAGUCAUGGGGAACCUCAUAGCCAUUGUUGUGUUGUGCAUCUCAAAGAAAGAGCAGAAGGAGACCACAUUCUAUACGCUGGUUGUUGGAAUGGCUAUCACGGACCUGUUGGGCACCUGUUUCACCAGCCCGGUGGUUAUCGCCACCUACAUAGCCCAGAGGUGGCCGGGUGGAGAGCUACUGUGUGACUUUUUCUCGUUCUCUAUGCUCUUUUUCGGCUCGGCUGGAAUGUCCAUUCUGUGCGCCAUGGCAGUUGAACGAUACCUGGCCAUAAACCACGCUUAUCUUUACUCCCAAUACAUUGACCGGACGACGGCGCGUUUGGCCCUCAUGGGCAUCUACCUGGCUAACAUUGUGCUGUGCAUCAUGCCCAGCUUUGGUUUCGGGAAGCAUGUGCGCCACUUCCCGGGCACUUGGUGUUUUUUGGACUGGAGGGCGAUGGACCCCCUCGCUGCCUCGUACUCGUUUUUGUAUGGCGGGUUCAUGUUGGUGUUGAUUGCGGUGACAGUUCUGUGCAACUUCGCAGUGUGUCGGUCACUUGUGGGGAUGAGCCAGAAGACGCGGAUAGUGAGAGCGAAGGUGUCUGAGCAAGGAGGCUCACGGCGCGGGUUCCUGCCCUCCGUCACCUGCCCGUCAGCGGCUGAGAUCCAAAUGUUCUGGCUGCUGAUAUUUAUGACCAUCGUUUUCCUGGUGUGUUCCAUUCCUUUAGUGGUGCGCAUCUUUGUAAACCAGCUGUAUGGUCCUUCCAGCAUCUGUGCCGGAGUGAAUCCAGAUUACCGCAGUGAUCUGAUGGCCAUUCGCUUCGCCUCGUUCAACCCCAUUCUGGACCCCUGGGUAUACAUCCUCUGUAGGAAGAACCUGUUGGUCAAGGGCUGUGAGAGGAUAAAGAAGACAGUUGGACAAGUCAAGGCGGGCCGCGGGCGUAAUUUAGGCUGGGUUGGCACUAGCAGUCAUCAUUCACUCCCGUCGUUUGAACACAGCAACGACACCAGUUACGCGUCAUUACGCACGACCAACUACAGAAACGACUCGGAGAACAAGGUUACCACCAAAAAUAAAUCGUUUACAGACUUUACCAUACGACACGCUUGGGACCUUGACACGGCACAGGCGAACUUUCAUCCGUUUAGUGUAGACCAGACUACCGUGAUCGGUUUCGAGGCGGAGAUAGCUGUGGUGUCCAAACCGACCAUGAUCGCGUCACAGCUCGGAAGCAGCGAGGCGCUUCCGGAGAUGUGCUCACCAGCAGGUCUUCAUAGCCACGUCAGUAAAGUGGACAUAGUCACCUGUACCUUCAGCACACUAAGCUCCUGUCAAUCGGAGAAGUGCCUCUGAUCAACUGUUUCCCAACAAACGUAAAUGUUUUCAUAUAGACUUUUACAGCAAAUGUCUGAGAUGCUGAACACAGACAGCCAGACAGACACAGGUCAUUUACCUUGAUGUAGUCUACAGGUCAGAUUACAAAGGCUGGGCUUCUGCACACAGUAGAUUUUACAAAAUGGACCCAUUUGGGACAUUUUAAGAUGCACUUUAUGAAUCUGUAACGUGAUUGUAUUAUGAUCAUACUCUAAGGGGACCAUAUACACCUACUUGCCUUCAACACAGCAUUAUCUUUAUACUUUUUGAAUUCAAUGAAUUUAAGAAUUACAUUUCUACACAGUGGUCCAUUUUAUUUGAUCUUCUCAAUAUAUUCAGAUAUCAGUCUUUGAUUGAUACAAAUAUGUAUUUUUUCUGUUAAAUGAUGCGCACAACUUAAUGCAGACAGACAAUAAAUCAAUGGCUUAAUAAAUUAUUGGAAAUGCUGCUUCUUUCUGUGCCAUAGCCGUGUUGCAUGCAGGGAAUAUUAACUGAAUGUACCAACAUGUCCAACUUAGUUUUGUACUGUUUCAUAUUUUUGAUAACAUAACUGUGAGUGAAGAUUAACUUUCCUAUUUAAAUGUGUUUUAAAGCUAUUGG